GGACCUGGGUCACAGUGCUCGCCGUGCUGUUCCACUCCACGAUGAGUGCUCCCGUUUCGCGGACCGGAGACAGCAGCGAUCACCCGCUCUGGGUCAAUCCGUGCAACCUGCCCGACGACGCCAGGGGACACGCGGACCACCUGAGCCCGCAGGACGUACGCAACAUGCUGGACGCAGUGGCCAACCGCGCCCGGGUCGCCAGCGAGGAAGCCGACAAGGCCAAGCGUCGAUUUCUAGAGAGGACCUUCGCCGACUCCGAGUUCGAGGACUCGGUGGCCUCUUACAUGCAGUCGUGGCUGCCCAAUGUGCCAAUGCCGACCGAAGAUCACUUCAGGUCCAUGACAAAAGAAGAAGCGUACAAGAAGACGUUCGGCUUCGUGCAGUACUUCGCCGUGGGACUGGAGCAGGCCGUGCUGGAUCAGAUCUUCCACAACGGACCCUUCCACCGACUCUUUCUCGAGAUCCAGCAGAACCUGGGCCAGCUGCUGUGCGAGCUCCAGAUCGGCAUCGUGCACUUCAAUGUGGCCAAGAGCGCAGACGUUCUGCGCGACGUGAUGUCGCACGAGUACCGCGACAUCAAGCAGGACAGCCAGCGCAAUCUGCGUGACUACAUCAUCCUGCGCGAGUACAUCCGCCUCACCCGGUACAUCUCCGAACUGUUCGCCUACCUGCGGGACCAUUCCUAAGGGUGCCGCCGCGGACGCUUGUGCAGUGCCGCCUCCUAAUUUAUUCCUAUUUAUUAAUUUAUUGACAAAGGGACACUCCCCGCCCGUGGCGGAAACCGUGGUGCGGCGUGACUUGUGUGCGCGCGCGCCCCAGCGCCGCCUCCAGCACCAAAGAAUUGACACUUCCUAUGGGACGGACCACUAGUGCGUGUGUGUGCGUGCUACUGUGUGUAUUAUACCGACGCGCAAGCUUCCACCGAAGUAGUAGUUAUAGCCGUGUUUAGACGGGCAGAAAAAAGAUUUCGAAAACAAGGAAAGCGACAACGGGGUCUGAAAUUUUCAACCCUCGCAGGGAGGUGUCGCGUGUAACGACACAAGGAUUCUUCCCGAGAAGUGCACAUUCGCGGAACUUUUUCUUGAAGGUUUACAAUCGUGCCCAACGAGCCCACGUCGUUUUGACGUGUCUUCGUUAUGGGGCGAUGGUUUUAUUGGCGCCAAUUUGUUUUAAACAAUUUCAAGUGUGAUAGUUUUUAUUUAAACAUGGUUUUAUCGUGAGUUCGUAUGGGAGAGACCUGACUGAAGGUUGUUUUUAUUUUAUUUUCGUUCACUUGGACUCGUUAUAAAAUCGCUGUUAUUUGUGGCGGUCGCCGCAACACAAGGCAUUCCUGCGCUGGCGUUGUAGAUAAACGAAUGUUUGUGCUUGUGUUUAUGUCGAUAGUGUCUACAGAGAACUGCGCGAUUCCCUCGUUCUGGCAGCAAUGGUCACGCACGCUAGUCUCGCACAUGUACUCGCUGCAACGUGCACCCUUCCGACAAGAGUCUUGUCCGGAGAAACUACCUCAGUCUUCGCAUGCGUCCCUCGCAUGCAGCUGUUUACGCACGCCGUUGGUGGUUGUGCCGCCACAUGUCGAAACUGGUCGCAUACCGCUCAGUCAAGUCGCAUCAGAGGAGAGAGAUGCUCGUCUUUGCAAACGAUUGUGUUCUAAGCAGCAUUUUUUAACACACGUUCGUUCGGAUAGGGUGACGGGGCAGGACUUAUCCUCGCCUGAAGGUAACGUUCACAGCUAGCGCCAAUGAAAUACAAAGAAAGCGCAAUGCCGAACCUUUGAUUGGGGGGGGGGGGGGGAGGAGCAAAUGGGGAGAGUCUCACAUUGAAACGAGGGACCGGACAGUUUUCAUUUCUUCUAACUUCUCCAAUCAGAAAUUAUUUCCGAAAUAAUCCCCCCCGAUGGGGUUAAUUUACGUCUUACAAUGCGUAAAACCAAGUUGCAAUGGGGCCUGGUGAGUUUCUAAAAAAAAAUUGUUUUUCAAAAGUACAGAAUGGCGAGCAUAACGCAUUUUAUUUCGCGAUGUUCGUUGUAAAUAUACAGACAUUCGAGUACGUUGACCACACGAAACCUUUUCUCGGAACCGAGUAAAUUAAAAUCCGAGAAUAUAUUGAGGCGUAUAUUUCCGCGUUCUCCGAAAAGAUGAUAGGUAGCCACGAUUGUCUUGUACAUUUAACUUUUAUUUCAUGCCCUCCUUGAAGCGGAACGACUAGCGGCCCGACAGUUGUGUUUCCUUUACGCGUGUCUAACGCAGCUUGCGUCCGGAAAUAAAGCGGCAGCUAUUUCCAAGAGGCCUCUAUUCAGAACAAUCUCGUCAUGCAUUUACAUCUACUUGGCCGUUGAAAAAGCGAUUGGUCAUAUAUUCACACUGCGUUGUCCGAUCCGCCGAAAGUCGAAUGUGGCUUGUAGCAAACAAUACAUACAAAAAGGUAAAGGAACUCAAACACUGAAGCGCGAGCAGUGAAGGCACAGAAGCGUCGCGGAAGCUUCGAAGGACGCACGUGUCGCGCAACCGUUCUGGUAUGGUUCCAAGUAGACGGCGAAAUUGACCUGCUGCUCCAAUUCUCCAAAUUUCCUGUUAACUAUACUCCAUUGAGCGAAGGUUGAAAAAAAAAACUCGACAAAUUAAGCUACUGUUUUAACAUACCCGGUUGAGGGAAACCAGAAUGAAUGCGCACCGUACGCUCCCAGUUUCGCGAACCACUUGACUGAAUGCUUCAACGCAGCAGAGGGCCAUGCAACCGCUGUGCCAAACUGCUCCGACCUAUUCGCAGCGUAAAGUUGUAGUCCCCGUACACGUCACUGUGGGAAAAUUGUAAUCAAAUUGAUUGAUGUGUGGGCUUUAACGUCCCAAAACAGCUAUAUGAUUAUGAGAGGCGCCGUAGUGGAGGGAUCCGGAAAUUUCGGCCACCUGGGGUUCUUUAACGUGCACCCAGAUCUGAGCACACGGGCCUACAACAUUUCCGCCUCCAUCGGAAAUGCAGCUGCCGCAGCCGGGAUUCGAUCCCGCGACCAGCGGGUCAGCAGCCGAGUACCUUAUCCACUCGACUACCGUGGCGGGGCUUGUAAUCGAAUUAAAAAAAAAAGAUCAACAGAAAGAUUGUUACGUAUUACCGAGUUCGGAAAGGCCCGGUUUAAUUUCGGGUGAUUGUGCUAUUCAACGCCCCGUUUGCCCUUGGCUGUUCGUGUAAUAGACUUGAACCAUUAGUCCAGUAUGCCACAUUCGCGAACUUUCUCGGAGGAACGAAACUGCCACACAUGCACGAUUUUUUUCGGUUGUGAAUACCUGUUUUGUGAGGGAGUAGCAAAGCUUUCCUCCACGUUAGCCCUGAAAAAUUGAGCUAGAGCGUUGUUUUGUUUGUCUGUUUCUUCUUAUUGUCUUUCAAUGUUCACGUGAUGUCAAGUUGCUGCGGUAACUUUACCGUUCCGUAUUCUAUUGCUCUCCCAUUGUUAUUUAAUACUCAUCGACACCAUGGCAUGUGUACAUUGAUCUGUUAUGUCAUUACGACGGAGUAGCUGUUGCUGAAAGACCCAAAUUUCAUCUCAUUCAGUGGCGUAUGAUGGUCUACUUAAAGCAUAAAACAUGUGCGGAACACAUCUGUUAUCCAGUUCGUUUUUUUUUUUCCCUCUGAGGAUCGCUGCAAAUGUUGAAAUAUAAAGAACCAUUCUUUUAUGCAGA